GCUGCAGCUGCGGGCGGCUCCAGCUGCCCCCAGAUGUGGGCUGGGCGGCGCGCGGGGAACUUUCGCGCCGGCUGCGAGUGCGGGGCCCCGGCUGCGGUCCGGCUGCCAUGGAUCCGCCGGCGGGAGCCGCUCGCCGCCUGCUCUGCCCCGCGCUGCUGCUGCUACUGCUGCCGCUCCUGCUACCGCCGCUGCCCGCGGACGCCCGGCUCGCCGCCGCCGCCGACCCCCCAGGCUGGCCCCAGGGGCACGGAGCGGAGCGCAUCCUGGCGGUGCCGGUGCGCACUGACGCUCAGGGCCUCUUGGUGUCCCACGUGGUGUCGGCGGCGACGGCGCAGGCUGGGGUACGGGCCCGCAGGGCCGCCCCGGUCCAGAUCCCGGGUUUCUCUGGAGGCAGCGAGGAGGACCCUGGCGGCCGCCUCUUCUACAAUGUCACGGUCUUCGGCCGAGACCUGCACCUGCGGCUGCGGCCCAAUGCCCGCCUCGUGGCGCCCGGGGCCACGGUGGAGUGGCAGAGCGAGUCGGGCGCCACCCGCGUGGAGCCCCUGCUUGGGACCUGCCUCUACGUCGGAGACGUGGCCGGCCUGGCUGAAGCCUCCUCUGUUGCCCUCAGCAACUGCGACGGGCUGGCUGGCCUGAUCCGUAUGGAGGAGGAGGAGUUCUUUAUCGAGCCCCUGGAGAAGGGUCUGGCGGCAAAUGAGACUGAGCAGGGCCGUGUGCAUGUGGUGUAUCGCCGGCCGCCCACCUCCAGACCCCCUCCUCUGGGGGGGCCACAGGCCCUGGACACAGGGAUCUUCCCGGGCAGCCUGGACAGCUUCAGCCGUGCCCUGGGCAUCCUGGAGGAGCGAGUCAACAGCUCCAGGCAGAGGGUGCGCAGACAUGCUGCCGACGAUGACUACAACAUCGAGGUCCUGCUGGGGGUGGAUGACUCUGUGGUCCAGUUCCACGGGAAGGAGCAUGUGCAGAAGUACCUGCUCACCCUCAUGAACAUUGUCAAUGAAAUUUAUCACGAUGAGUCCUUGGGGGCCCACAUCAAUGUCGUCCUGGUGCGGAUAAUCCUGCUGAGCUACGGGAAGUCUCUGAGCCUCAUUGAGAUUGGGAACCCCUCUCAGAGUCUGGAGAACGUUUGCCGCUGGGCCUACCUCCAGCAGAAGCCAGACUCCGGCCACGAUGAGUACCAUGAUCAUGCCAUAUUCCUCACACGGCAGGACUUCGGGCCUUCAGGCAUGCAAGGCUAUGCUCCUGUCACUGGGAUGUGCCACCCCGUCCGCAGCUGCACCCUGAACCACGAGGACGGCUUCUCCUCAGCGUUCGUGGUGGCCCAUGAGACUGGCCACGUGCUGGGCAUGGAGCAUGAUGGGCAGGGCAACCGCUGCGGUGAUGAGGUGCGGUUGGGCAGCAUCAUGGCGCCCCUGGUGCAGGCAGCCUUCCAUCGCUUCCACUGGUCCCGCUGCAGCCAGCAGGAGCUGAGCCGCUACCUGCACUCCUAUGACUGCCUGCGGGAUGACCCCUUCACCCACGACUGGCCAGCGCUGCCCCAGCUCCCGGGGCUGCACUACUCCAUGAACGAACAGUGCCGCUUUGACUUCGGCCUUGGCUACAUGAUGUGUACCGCGUUCCGGACCUUUGACCCUUGCAAGCAGCUGUGGUGCAGCCACCCUGACAACCCUUACUUUUGCAAGACGAAGAAGGGGCCUCCCCUGGAUGGGACCAUGUGUGCACCAGGCAAGCACUGCUUUAAAGGACACUGCAUCUGGCUGACACCUGACAUCCUCAAGCGAGAUGGCAACUGGGGCGCCUGGAGUCCCUUCGGCUCCUGCUCACGUACCUGCGGCACAGGUGUGAAGUUCAGGACCCGUCAGUGCGACAACCCACACCCAGCCAAUGGGGGCCGCACCUGCUCAGGCCUUGCCUACGAUUUCCAGCUCUGCAACUCCCAGGACUGCCCUGACGCCCUGGCUGAUUUCCGUGAGGAGCAGUGCCGGCAAUGGGACCUAUACUUCGAGCAUGGUGACGCCCAGCACCACUGGCUGCCCCACGAGCACCGGGAUGCCAAAGAGAGAUGCCACCUCUACUGUGAGUCCAAGGAGACUGGGGAGGUGGUGUCCAUGAAGCGCAUGGUGCAUGAUGGGACGCGCUGUUCUUACAAGGACGCCUUCAGCCUCUGCGUGCGCGGGGACUGCAGGAAGGUGGGCUGCGACGGGGUGAUCGGCUCCAGCAAGCAGGAGGACAAGUGUGGUGUGUGUGGAGGGGACAAUUCCCACUGCAAGGUGGUCAAGGGCACAUUCACACGCUCGCCCAAGAAGCUCGGUUACAUCAAGAUGUUUGAGAUCCCGGUAGGAGCCAGACACCUGCUUAUCCAGGAGGCAGACACCACCAGCCACCACCUGGCCGUCAAGAACCUGGAAACAGGCAAGUUCAUUUUAAAUGAAGAGAAUGACGUGGAUCCCAACUCCAAAUCCUUCAUUGCCAUGGGUGUGGAGUGGGAGUACCGGGAUGAGGAUGGCCGGGAGACGCUGCAGACCAUGGGCCCCCUCCACGGGACCAUCACUGUGCUGGUCAUCCCGCAGGGGGACGCCCGCAUCUCGCUGACCUACAAAUACAUGAUCCAUGAGGACUCGCUCAAUGUGGACGGCAACAAUGUCCUGGAGGACAAUUCCGUGGGCUACGAGUGGGCCCUGAAGAAGUGGUCUCCCUGCUCCAAGCCCUGCGGUGGAGGGUCCCAGUUCACCAAGUAUGGCUGCCGCCGGAGGCUGGACCACAAGAUGGUGCACCGAGGCUUCUGCGACUCCCUCUCGAAGCCUAAAGCCAUCCGCCGGGCUUGCAACCCACAGGAGUGCUCCCAGCCCGUGUGGGUCACGGGCGAGUGGGAGGCAUGCAGUCAGAGCUGUGGGCGGACGGGCAUGCAGGUUCGCUCUGUGCGCUGCGUUCAGCCCCUGCACAACAACACCACCCGCUCCGUGCACACCAAGCACUGCAAUGACGCCCGACCCGAGGGCCGCCGGGCCUGCAACCGUGAGCUCUGUCCCGGUCGGUGGCGGGCCGGACCCUGGUCCCAGUGUUCGGUAACCUGUGGCAACGGCACCCAGGAACGGCCGGUGCUCUGCCGAACCAUGGACGACAGCUUCGGUGUCUGCCGGGAGGAGCGGCCUGAGACGGCCAGGAUCUGCAGGCUUGGCCCCUGUCCCCGAAACGUCUCCGAUCCCUCCAAGAAGAGCUACGUAGUUCAAUGGCUGUCCCGACCAGACCCCAACUCACCAGUCCAGAAGACCUCGUCAAAGGGCCGCUGCCAAGGUGACAAGUCAAUGUUCUGUAGGAUGGAAGUCUUGUCUCGCUAUUGCUCCAUCCCAGGCUACAAUAAGCUGUGCUGCAAAUCCUGUAACCUGCAAGACAACCUCACCAAUGUGGACGACAGGGCAGAACCACCCUCUGGGAAGCACAAUGACAUUGAAGAGCUCAUGCCCACCCUCCCAGUGCCCACUCUAGUCAUGGAGGUGCAGCCUCCGCCAGGCACACCCCUGGAGGUGCCUCUCAAUACUUCCAGCACCAGUGCCACCGAGGACCAUCCGGAAACCAACGCUGUGGAUGUGCCCUACAAAAUCCAGGGCCUGGAGGAUGAAGUCCAGCCACCCAACCUAAUCCCUCGACGACCGAGCCCAUACGAAAAGACCAGGAACCAAAGAAUCCAAGAGCUCAUUGAUGAGAUGAGGAAGAAAGAGAUGCUCGGAAAGUUCUAAUAAAAUGGAAAGAUAGCAUCAAUAGCAUUUUUUUUUUUCUUGCUUAUAGAGAUAUUCCAUGGGAUGGCAACUCCUGUGUUGUGGAGAUGAAGUCAGAUUCCUGAUUCCAAAAGGUUUGGGGAAAACAAAGAGGGAGAAUAAUGUAAAAAGAAAAAAAAAAAUAUAUAUAUAUAUAUAUAUAUGUCCUGUACUGAGGUGGAGUGUGGGUUGGAGAGGAAUAUAGAGGUUCUACAACCCCCGUUGAUGAGGGAAGGCAGGAGGGAUAACUCGGAGAGAGAAAACGUUUGCCCCAAGUUUCUGAGCAAGUGAUUGGGAAUCUUCUUUUCCUUGUGGUGGCAACCUUGCUGGAGACACAGGACAUUUCCUGCCAAUCUGCAGACUGAGACACAAGCCCCAUGGGACUCUUGGGAGAAACGAUGAUUUAUUUACUAAGUGGCCAGUCACUAAGAUGAGUGCGGUGAAGUGGAGGCCAUGAACUCCAGUCUUCGAGGUGGUGAGGCAGGUGAUGAAGAUGAGUGUGGUGGCCAGCUGGCACUCCCAGGCUCUCCCAGGCCUCUUUUAUCUUCACUAACCCUGGCCUUGCUUGUCGCCUCUGGCCAGCCUGGCCUCAGACCCGGGGCUCCCCAGAGAGGCUCUCCCCUUCCCCAAGUGCACUGGAAGGAUGAGGGAGGCAUGCACUCUGCUGGAAAGUCCAGUGAGUGGGCAAGGCUCACUUUUUUGUAUGUGUGAACAUGCAGCUUAAACUUCCCAAAAUUACAAGACCCAAGCACAUUAGCUCCUUAGCCGGGCCUAGCCUGCCAUGUAAUUCUUAAGCUUUUCAUGUCCAGGAAAGUUCUAAAGCCUUUGUAUUCUCACCAGUCAUAGAUCUUAGAGAACUCUUUCUUAUUUCAUUCCCCAUUCUGUGGAUGAGAAUACUGGGCUCACGAUAGGUGCUAAAACCCUUUAUCAGAACCUGUGCAUGUGUGUGUGUGAACCUCUGCAAGAGGUCCAAGGGACAGAGUAAGGGGGUAAGAAACAGUGAAGGGACAUCUGGGAUGAUGCUUAACCUUCCAAAUGGUUGAAAACUAGCCUCCCCAUCUCCCCAGCGUAGCCUACCUCUCUCCCCUCUGCCACCAUGUUCCACACUUGCUCAUACAUGUCCCAGUGUCUCCAAGGAGCUUGCUGGCUCCUAAGAACCAAACUGGAGAAACCUUUCUGAAUUCUCUCAUAGUAUCACUUCUUUAACAAGAUGUAGUGUGAAGCACUUCUGCACCCUCGUCUCUUUAUCAUUAGGAAAUGUAUCCACGGCUUUCCCUCGUUGGUUGAACCCAUGACAGCUGGUGCUACUCACGGGCUGAAGGGCUGGGCAGUGCUUGCUUGGGUCCAUCCUAGAAUGUCGAGGAAGCUCCGGACUAACCCUAGCCAGAGUAUUACUCAGUUUACCCAGCUUGGAGGCCACAGAAUGGGAACGCUCCCUUCUCAGAUCACAGCAGAGCAGGGCUGUGUGUCUUGGGGGCUGGAAGACUUUAGGCGGGGGGGGGCCCAGGUGGGACACACCCAGGGGGAUCUCUCUUCUGCUGCAGGAAGAAAGAUGCCCUCUGGGAACUGUAGGCCAAGUGGGCACGGCCCCAUAUGCCAUACUCAGUGCCUUGGGCCAUAUAUCCACAAAGUUCUCUAGACUAGAUGGUCCUCAGAAGUCUCUCUGUGUAUGAAGGCAGUGUUCACCCACUCUGAGACACUGCAAAUUUCCACUGAGCUUGAGACAGGUGGAGAGCUGGCUUAGCAACAGUCCGGAGCUUCCAGAGCUGGCUGAGAGGCUUCUGCAGCCUGGGGAAGGCAGAGGAUGUCUUUGAGCCAAGGUUUCCCAACACCAGGUUGAGACUCAGAGGUCCUCUUUGUCCACUGCUCUGCAAAGUCAGCUGAGGGGCCCAAGAGUCACUUCAUGUUCGUGGGAAGACUAGUGCUGGAGUUUUGGGACCUGGCUCUCUGAUCUACUCCUUUUGGAAAACCCAUGGAAUUUCACAUAUAAGCCUUUCAUGUGUACUAUAAAGUUGUUUGUUUGUUUGUCUGGAGUAUAUUAUAAAUGGUGCUCAAUAGCAAAGUCUUUAUCAGAUGAAGCAUUACGACUAUGUACUCCUGUCUGACAGGCAGCUGCCACAUGGGUCAUUUUGGUGCUGAACUCACAUCACAACAUUUUAUCUUACUGAUGAUAGCAAUCAGUACGUUUGUUUUUCUGUAUAGUAAAAUUUGGCUCCUUGGUUUUAUAACUUAUUAAAGUCAAAAUGUCUGUGUUUUUGCACAUCA